UAAACGCAAGUUGCAUUGUACAGAGACUCCGAGUCGGAGCGGUAAUGCUUUCGUAAAAAUUCACCAAACUCCAACAACCCAGCGGUUGCGACUCCCCUAAAUCAAUCUAAUCAGAAAACACACGAAGUUUCAGCUGCUCCGAUCAGAUCCAACAAGCCACGAUUCUUCUCUCUCUCUCUCUCUCUCUCUUUCUGUGAAGAAGGUGUCAAUUGGUACCAGAUAAUUGCAUUGCUUAUUCCCUAACAUCUGGAGUUCAUACCUUCCUUGAAUUCAGUUAGCCCGCUGGGCUAUGCGAGAAAGACUUGGACAUUGAACCGUUUUGAGCAUAUGAGUAUAGGAUCAAAGGAGAAUACAUCUCUCCGAAUUCCGAGGCAGGGAAGCUGUCCAUCACAGGUCCCUAUUGAGUAAAUAUAAAGGCUGUGAUCAGUGAUCUGUGAAUGGUCGCCAAAAAAUUUAGCUGGUGGUGAGUUCAGAUUUAUUGAUGGAGCAAAGAGUGCAGCUCCGUAGUGGUACAAUGGAACCUAUUUCCAGUCAGGGAGAUGUAGACAGAGAACAGGUUUUAGAGCCCUUUGAUAUUGAAAAUGUCUCUGGGAAGGAGAUAAAAGCCUCCAGAAGUUUUGAUGUUGGUUACAGUUCCAGUGAUAACCUCGAACCAUUGCCAAAAGUGUCAACAGAGAGUAUCUCUCCUGCUGAUGUGCUUAAAACACUCUUCUUUAUACUUGUAUGGUACACCUUCAGCACAUUUUUGACUCUGUACAACAAAACUCUCUUAGGAGAUGAUUUAGGGAAGUUUCCAGCUCCCUUGUUAAUGAAUACCAUUCACUUUUCCAUUCAAGCUGUUUUAUCAAAGAUGAUAACAUGGUAUUGGUCGGGGAGAUUUCAUCCUGAUGUUACCAUAUCUUGGAGAGACUAUUUCGUUAGAGUUGUACCAACUGCACUUGGAACUGCUAUGGAUAUAAACCUAAGUAAUGAGUCACUUGUCUUCAUAUCGGUUACGUUUGCAACUAUGUGCAAAUCUGCAGCCCCGAUAUAUCUUCUUCUGUUUGCUUUUGCCUUCAGGCUGGAGUCUCCAAGCCUGAAACUUUUUGGCAUUAUUUCAGUGAUCUCAGCAGGAAUAUUGUUAACAGUUGCAAAGGAGACAGAAUUUGAGUUUUGGGGUUUCGUUUUUGUCAUGCUUGCUGCUGUCAUGUCUGGUUUUCGCUGGUGUAUGACGCAAGUUCUUUUGCAGAAAGAAAGCUUUGGCCUAAAAAAUCCAUUCAUAUUGAUGAGCUACAUGGCACCAGUGAUGGCUAUAGUGACUGGUCUUCUCUCUCUCCUUCUGGAUCCUUGGAGUGAAUUUGGAGACAACAAAUACUUUGAUAGUGGAGAACAUUUUGCUCGAACUUGUUUUUUAAUGCUUUUUGGCGGAGCACUGGCUUUUUGUAUGGUUUUGACAGAGUAUGUUCUUGUUUCCGUGACUAGUGCUGUAACCGUCACAAUUGCGGGCGUUGUUAAAGAGGCUGUCACCAUAGUGGUUGCGGUGUUUUACUUCCACGACGAUUUUACAUGGCUAAAAGGUGUUGGUCUGGUGAUCAUCAUGGUUGGUGUCAGUUUGUUCAACUGGUACAAAUAUGAUAAACUACAAAAGGGUCACAAAACAGAGGGUGAAAAGCAGUUGCAAGCUCCAAGUCAAACUGGAAAAUAUGUGAUACUUGAUGAGAUGGAUGAUCAAGAUAAUAGUCCCUAACAAUUUUUGUUACACACAUUUCAUUGGUAACCCUGACAUCGUUAAAGUGGAAGUGCGUGUGGACCUUCCCUGAGAAAAUACUUACUUUUUAAGGCAAUUGAAUUGGAAAUGUGAUGUUUCCCUGUCCUGCCUUAAGGAAAACAAAAGAACAUAGCUUAUAUCAAGAGAUGGAAUGAAUUUUGUUCUCUUUCUUUUGUACUUGGUCCGUAUAGAAAGAAGUGUAGUCGAACAGAUUUGGUUUAAGUUUACCAAUCAUUUGUACCCAUUUUUAUUAAUUCUCUGUAAUGAUGUUUUCAUGAAA